CGUACCAUUCACACGAAUCUAGCAUCUCUCUUGUUGUUCGCUGCGAUACCCUGGGCUUUUGUUUCUUCAUGAUGCAUCUCUUAGCUGCCGUCCUUUCGUUGCUCAUUCCUCUCCUUAUAUCACUUGUUUUCAUUCCCAAAGUCUUCCGCUUCCUGGCCGAAACAAUAGGAUUCCAUCUCCGUCGAUCAUCCCGUACUAGACGGGAGCUGCUACUGGCCAGGGUUGAGACUGAGAAGGGCAAGUAUGGUGCGGAACACAAGGAUGAGACGAAAGACGACGAUGACUGGGAGAAUGUUGUAUCGACAACUACCAGCAGCGCAGUAGAUAUGGAGAAAGCAGACAAGAACUGGAACGGCAUCGUGGGGUUCUUCCACCCUUUCUGUAACGCAGGCGGCGGUGGUGAACGAGUCCUCUGGGCAGCCAUUCGGGCAACGCAGAAACGCUGGCCACAAGCUGUUUGCGUAGUGUACACAGGCGACCAUGAUGUCGACAAGAUUGAGAUACUCAAGCGCGUCAAGGAUCGCUUCAACAUCCAUCUCCACCCGCCGACCGUCCACUUCCUGUACCUCACGACGCGCAAUUGGGUCCUUGCUAGCAGAUGGCCACGCUUCACGUUGCUGGGCCAGUCUCUCGGCUCUUUGGUCCUCGCGUACGAUGCGUUUACGCUUCUUGUCCCGGAUAUCUUCAUCGACACAAUGGGAUAUGCGUUCUCUCUCGCCUUGUCCUCGUUUUUCUUCCCCACAGUACCCACCGGCGCAUACGUUCAUUACCCUACUAUCUCGACCGAUAUGCUCGAUUCUCUACAGGCAGGAGGACAAGGAGUCAACGCAGGGACGGGAAAAGGGUACCGCGGCAUGGCGAAGAAAAGAUACUGGCAGCUUUUUGCGCAGCUCUAUAGUAAAGUCGGUAGCACUAUCGAUGUGGUAAUGACGAAUUCGACCUGGACGCAGAGCCACAUCAAGUCACUUUGGGGGCCCCAGCGUGAUCAGCGCAGCAAUUCUCCGUACAACGACAUCGACGUUGUCUUCCCACCAGUCGCAGUUGAGGAAGUUGCCGAGGCCGUUGAAGUUUCAGAGGCGAGCGAGAAGAAACGCGGUCCCGUCAUCCUCUGUAUCGCACAGUUCCGGCCCGAGAAAAAUCACCCGCUCAUUCUCGAAGCAUUUGCUUCAUUCCUACACUCAAACCCUAAGCUAUCUGCUUACCCCAACGAAACGCCGAAACUUGUGCUCAUUGGCUCAGUACGAAACUCUCACGACGACGCAACGCGAGUGUACAAUCUGCGGCUUCAGGCUCAUGAACUUCAUAUCAAAGACAAUGUCGAGUUCUUAUGCGACGCGCCUUGGCCACAGAUGCUCGAAUGGAUGAGCAAAGCAAGCGUAGGGGUGAACAGCAUGUGGAACGAACAUUUUGGAAUUGGGGUAGUCGAAUACCAGGCGGCGGGAUUGAUCUCGGUGGUGAACGACUCCGGCGGCCCGAAGUUGGACAUUGUGGUUGAGGUGGACGGGAAACCCACUGGUUUCCACGCUACAACUGCGGCCCAAUACGCAGAAGGGUUCCGUAAAGCUCUUACAAUGUCUCCAGAAGAAACGCUCGCGAUGAGACAGAGGGCUCGCAAGUCAGCAGAGCGAUUCACAGAUCAAGGAUUCGCAGAGAGAUGGUUGCACAACAUGGAGAAGUUAGUUACACUACGGAUCGAGAGGACGAAGAACUGAUUCAAGGUAAAAUAUCAUUGACGAAUAGGGUGUCCAUAGACGUAUUUGGAUUUCUCCUAUGAUACCACAGCUUGAUAUUGAGUGGAGCAACAUUGUCUUGUAGGUGUUGCGUGUAGGCGAAUCCAACUAAAACCCAAUCCGUUGGUAAUAACUUUUCCCUUUGUAUUUCUUCCUGCUCUCUUUUAUCUACGUGGUUGCGAAACGCGUCAGAAAAGGUAUUGAUGUGCGAGAGCGUGCUGA